AUGGCAGCGGUAAUCAUGAAUGAGGAGCAGAUUCGUGAGCUGAUUCAAGGCCCAGGAGACGUUGAAUGGUCAUAUGAAAUGCGCAGGAAAUGUCAGGAAAUACUUCCAAGCCUACUCCUUGGUCCGCUUCAGGUCUCUAAAUCGUUGGAGACGCUUCAAUCCCUAGGAGUCACUCACGUGGUAUGCAUACGCGACGCAAAAGAGGCCUUCUCUGUGCGUCCUCGGUUUCCAGACCAUUUUCAGUACAUGGUAUUGGAUGUCGAAGAUAGCGAGGAGCAAAACCUCAUCCGCUUAUUUCCUGCCGCAAAGCAAUUCAUUGAAAAUGCAAUCACCCAGGGCGGCCGAGUGCUUGUCCACUGCAAUGGCGGUAUCAGUCUGUCUCCGUCCUUCGUGGUCAUGUACGUGAUGCAACACUUCAAUCUAUCCUGGGAAGAUGCAUUGCAUCUCGUACAAAAUCGACGAUACUGCAUCUCACCCAACGGUGGAUUCCUCACUCAAAUCAAGGAGUAUGAGUCUAUAUAUAAAGCACGUAAUGCCGUAGCCGCAUUCCCGCCACAGCAACGUCUUGUGUCAGUGAGGCGAAAGCGGUCAGACGAGGACAGCGAAGAUGAAAGAGAGGAUGAGCGCAAGCGCGUUCUCAUGGAUCAAGAUGAUGCUAUGGAAUCAUAG